CCGCAGCGAGCGAGCGAGCGGCCGGGCCGGGCGCGCCGGGGAGAAGCAGCCGCCCGGGAGCGGGGCGCGUUCGGGUGCCCGCCUCGCUCCGCGCCCGCCGGCGGCCGGAGUUUGCGCUCCGGGGGCUGGGGGCGAGGCGCGGCGCCGCAGACGGCUCGCCCCGGGAUGGGGGCUCCGCGCUGGGCGCGGCUCUGCCUCCUGCUCCUGGCGGCGGUAACGCUCUGGGUGCUGCUGUGUGGGCGCGACCGAGACACGCAGGCUGCCCCGAAGCCCAGCCUGCUGCAGCAAGAGUCACUGCUGUUGGUGCCUGGAGGGAUGUCCCGAAAUGCCGGGAGCCAUGGCCUGAGCAGAGAAAGCAGCAUGGUCGGAGGGAAGCCAUCUAAAUAUUCUUCUGAGCCUGGCAAGGCUAAACCCACCAAGGAACAGGCCAGCUCAUGCCCCCAGUCACUGACGUCAAAAGUGAAGGCGGACCCCAGGUUUGGGAAGCUCUUUCGAUUCCACAUCCCAGUGCUGAUGUGGGCACGGCACAUCACCCAGGAGAUCUGGAACAGACUGAAGGAGCGCAGCGUCCCAUAUGGCUGGCAGGGUUUGUCCGACACAGCCAUUGCCUCCACCUUGCAUCUGCUCAACGACUCUGCCAACAGCUGGCUGUUCGACAAAGCCAGGUUCCCUGAAGGCUGCAUCCGCUGCGCCGUGGUCGGGAAUGGAGGGAUUCUCAAUGGAUCCCGGCAAGGCAAGGAGAUAGAUGCCCAUGACUUUGUUUUCAGGCUAAAUGGGGCUGUGAUCAAAGGCUUUGAAGAUGACGUUGGGACCAAGAUAUCCUUCUAUGGCUUCACGGUGAACACAAUGAAGAAUUCCCUGAUCGCCUAUGGAGAGUAUGGCUUCACCCAGAUACCCCAGUCCAAGGACCUGCGAUAUAUUUUUAUCCCCUCGGACAUACGCGAUUACAUCAUGCUGAAGUCAGCCAUACUGGGCAGCCGUGUCCAAGAGGGGUAUGACAGAGGCGAUGACCCACAGACAUAUUUUGGACCAGAGACAUCUGCAAAGAAGUUCAAGCUGCUGCACCCAGAUUUCAUACAUUAUUUAACUGUGAGAUUUCUGAGAUCUGAAAUAAUAAAUACUCAAUAUGGGUAUCUGUACAUGCCCAGUACUGGUGCCCUCAUGCUACUGACAGCCCUACAUACCUGUGACAAGGUCAGUGCCUAUGGAUUUAUCACAGACAAUUACCGAAAGUUUUCAGACCACUACUACGAGCGGGAGAAGAAGCCUCUGGUGUUCUAUGCCAACCAUGACAUGCUGCUGGAGGCGGAGCUGUGGAAGAGCCUGCACAGGGCAGGCAUCAUGAAGCUGUAUCAGCGGUGAGGCUGGGUGGCAUGUCCCUUCUUGCUGUAACGAAAGUAGUCCUUCUCCUCUUCCCCAAGGGCUCCCUUCUCCCUGGCAGGGGCCGUCCAGAAUUCAUGAGCAAAGGUGGAAAACAGAGAGCUCACCCAAAGCCAGCCUUACAAGCUGGAGAUUGCAUGAAUUGCAAGGCUGCCUUCUGCGAGCCGAGGGUGCUGCCUGGAGGAUUCUACUCAGAUGUUGCUGAGAUGGCAAAGCAAGUGUGGAGAGGUCUCUUUCCAGGGAACCUGCUGAUUGGCUCAAGACAACAGACCCCAGACACGCCCUGGUUCCUCCCAUCGAGUAAGAGACCUGGGGGGAGCAACUUCUGACACUAGAAAAUGAAAAGGGGAUUUCAGAAGCAAUAAGCCUGAAUGUUCAAUGCGUGUCUCCCAAAGGGGCGUGAUGGCCCUGAGAAGAUGCUCGCUCACCAGCAAAUUCCAGCUUCCCAUCGCCUUCAAGAGUUAUAUGCUGAGCACAGAGCUUGGAUGUGAAAAAUACCCCGCCCGCCGUUUCCACCUUUCCAUCACACAUAAGGGUCUGCCACAACCCUGAAAAGCCUAAUGUGUUCUGUGUUCAAACUCAUUCAUGGUGGGACACAUCACAGCCACAAUCCUAUAGCUGAAGAGACCUGGAUGGAGCUUGUUGACAUUGCUCCUCAAUAGACUGGGUGGGGGGGUGGGUAGGUGAAGAGCAGUGAGGCACAGCAGCCAUAACUGUAUGAAGGCCCAUGGAGCCACCACAUGCACAUACUCUCCAUUUUCCAGACAGAGCUCCCAUCACUAGCAGAAUACAGCAGAGGCUGACUGCCCGCUUCAGCCACACUGAUCGGGCUUCAGAGUAGCAGCCGUGUUAGUCUGUAUUCGCAAAAAGAAAAGGAGUACUUAUGGCACCUUAGAGACUAACAAAUUUGCUACAGCUCACUUCAUCGGAUGCAUCCUUGGGCUGUCACUCCAAAUUGUGAUGUCAACAGAGGGUCUCAAACAGCUGGAAGUGGGGUUGCCACAGCUUAAUUAGGUCCCUACAGUAAUUUGGGGGCAGGUGGACCUGAUUGGAUGUGACCCUGUACAUUAUUUUGCAUUACAAACCUAGGGGGCCUGUGUAUAUUCAGAGGAAGGGCCCCAGCCCUAGUACAGAUGGAUGGAACCCACCACUCCAUUACUUAAACUAAAUCUUCAUCAACCUAAA